AUGAUCGUGGACAAGCUGCUGGACGACAGCCGGGGCGGAGAGGGGCUGCUGGACGCGGCCGGCGACUGCGGCCUCAUGACCAGCCCGCUCAACCUAGCCUACUUCUACGGCAACUCGCCGCCCUCCGCCCCCGGUGCCGGCGACGCUGGCUACCUGUCCACCGUGCCCUCGGCGCCCGGCUCGCCCGGCUCCGACUCCUCCGACUUCUCCUCUCCUUCCUCCGUAUCCUCCUGCGGGGCCGUGGAGUCCCGUCCGAGAGGAGGCGCCCGCGCCGAGCGCCCACAAGUCGAGCCCCAUAUGGGGGUUGGCAGGCAGCAGAAAGGACCUUUCCAAGGCGUUCGUGUGAAGAACUCGGUGAAGGAGCUCCUGCUGCAUAUCCGAAGCCAGAAGUCUUCUAGCCUGUCUGCGGAUGAGCUGAAGACACGGAGUGUGAACAUUGAGCAACUCACAGGAACAGAACUGAAGAGCGCAGUGUCCGCUGCGGGGAAACGGAAGGGGACUGAUACCCUGUCUGAUGGACCGGCUUGCAAGCGGCCGGCGCUGCUGGCCACUCAGUUUGUGACACCACCUCAAACGCCUGCACCGGGGGAGAGCAUGGAAGAUGUCCGUCGAGGUGAAUCAAAGCUGGACAGCAGCACUGACCUGCUUCAGAAUAUUAUAAACAUCAAGAACGAGUGCAGCCCAGUUUCCCUAAACACUGUCCAGGUUAGCUGGAUGAGCCCCGUGCUGCCCCAGAACUCUCCAAGAGACCAGUGCCAGGAUUUCCAUGGAGGGUCCGUCUUUUCUGCAUCUCAGAAGUACCAACCAUUCCGAGUUGGUGGCUCUCCACAAAUGAUGGACCAGGCUUCUAUGUACCAGUAUUCGCCCCAAACUCAGAACAUGCAGCAGCCGCCGCCACAGCAGCAGCAGCACCAGAACUAUCCACACAACCCAGCUCCGCAGUUCGGUUCUUAUUCCAGAACAUCCCAGUCUCCCAAGUAUGAAUCGAACCUCUUUGAUCAUCAGGAGCCACAGUUCUGCACGAGCCAGAGUUUUGUUUCUCUUCUGAGUGGCCACGGGGAAUCUGAGACUAUCGCUGCUCCCCUUCAACCUCCCCCCAGCAUCCCACAGCAAGGCGAGACUCCACUGCAGAACUUCAGCCUGAUGCCAAACAGUGCCUGCGAGGCAGUCGGGGUGCCUGAUGCUGGCUCGCCCUCCUUAGGCUCUUCCUUGUCGCUCCAGAACAUCAUGGGAAGCCCAAUGAGCACCACACAGCUAGGGAAGUCAUUUUUUCAGUGGCAGGUAGAGCAGGAAGAAAGCAAAUUGGCAAAUAUUUCCCAAGACCAGUUUCUCUAUAAGGAUGCAGAUGGUGACACGUUUCUCCACAUCGCUGUUGCCCAAGGGAGGCGAGCGCUCUCCUAUGUUCUUGCAAGGAAGAUGAACGCGCUUCACAUGCUGGACGUGAAAGAGCACAAUGGGCAGAGUGCCUUUCAGGUGGCCGUAGCUGCCAACCAGCACCUCAUUGUGCAGGAUCUGGUGAACCUUGGUGCCCAGGUGAACACCACAGACUGCUGGGGAAGAACGCCUCUGCACGUCUGCGCAGAGAAGGGCCACUCCCAGGUGCUCCAGGCAAUCCAAAAGGGAGCAAUGAGGAGCAAUCAGUUUGUGGAUCUUGAGGCAACUAACUAUGAUGGCCUGACUCCCCUCCACUGUGCCGUGGUCGCUCACAAUGCUGUGGUGCAUGAGCUACAGAGGAACCAACAGCCUCAUUCACCGGAAGUGCAGGAUCUUUUACUAAAGAAUAAGAGUCUGGUUGACACCAUUAAGUGUCUGAUUCAGAUGGGAGCUUCAGUGGAGGCGAAGGAUCGUAAAAGUGGCCGCACAGCCCUGCAUUUGGCAGCCGAAGAAGCAAAUCUGGAGCUCAUUCGCCUCUUUUUGGAGCUGCCCAGUUGCCUGUCUUUUGUGAAUGCGAAGGCUUACAAUGGAAACACUGCCCUCCACGUCGCUGCCAGCCUGCAGUAUCGGGUGACACAGUUGGACGCGGUCCGCCUGCUGAUGCGGAAGGGAGCAGACCCGAGUACUCGGAACUUGGAGAACGAGCAGCCUGUGCAUUUGGUUCCUGAUGGCCCUGUGGGAGAACAGAUCCGACGUAUCCUGAAGGGGAAGUCCAUUCAGCAGCGAGCACCACCGUACUAGCUCCCUUGGCGUGGAGCCUGGCCAGCAACACUCACUGUCAGUUAGGCAGUCCUGAUGUAUCUGUACAUAGACCAUUUGCCCUGUACUGGCAAAUGUAAGUUGUUUCUAUGAAACAAGCACAUUUAGUUCACUAUUAUAUAGUGGAUUACAUUAAAAGAAGAGAAGACAAAUAUUUAAUUUUCUUGGCAGAUUUGCGUAUUUCAUACCCAGGUAUCUGGGAUCUAUACAUCUGAAUUUGAUCUGAAUGGUAAAAUUGCAUUCAAUAAACAGUAGAUUUGGGGUAGGAAAAGACUCAUGGGAAAAGACUUGAUUUGUGGCAUAAAGCAUUGCCCGCGUGGCUAUUGCCAGUUUCGUGGACUGGAAACGUGAAAAGAAAAUUGAAAGCGUUUGAAAGGGAACAAGAAAUUUGGAUGUACUAUUGAUGCUUCUUUGGUCUGAUGUGGGGUCUGGUGGUUAAUACGCUCACCCUUGCACUAGAUGAGAGAGGCCUCUGUGGUUGGGAUGUUCUCUUUGCAGCUGUAUAUAAUCGUUAUGUUCACCUUUAAUAUGCUGUACAUAUUUGAUUGGUAGCAUGGACAUUUGAAGUGUGUAAGUCAAUAAAAUAAAGAAGAGCUAGUGAAUCGUUACCACCUUUAAAAUUUUGCACACUCAGAGCAAUUUUUAUUGUGUGAUCACCCAACUGUUGUUUUCACAGAUAAAGCACUUGGGGAGUGGGUCCCAAAGUUGCUGUGGUGUGCAUUGGAAAGAGACAUGUUUGUAUGUCAUCUCAUGUUCUUAGAGAGACCCUUUUUAUGAUUCACCUCUUAGAAUUUGUGAUUUGUACAAGUUGUUGAAGUUUUUGUUUGUCCUUAAUAGAAAUUAUAGAAAUUAAACAUCGAAGCAAAGCUUCUUGUUUCUUGUUGUCAAAUAGUAAAAAUGUGCUGUGGUGUAUAUUAUACUCUUCAUAAAAUGUUUUACCUUUUAGGAAUGUCAAUUCUUUUAACAUUAUUUUGCUUAUGUUUGACAUACCUGGAAGAAUUUAGCUUUGAUUGUACACUGAUUCUUUGUGAUAAAUAUGACCCACUAAAAUGAUGUCUUUUAAUUGAUUAACUUAUCUUUGUAGCUAAAUAUUCAUGUUCUUUUUUGUAAAAAGAGAUUUUUUUGAAUUGGAUUGUUCAUAUUGUUUGAUUCAGCAUAUCUUGUGGACAGAAGUUUGAUUCAGAUACUUGGCAUCUGUAAGGUGGAAUGACUCAGGCCCCUCACUGAUAGAACUCAUGCAUAGGUUUAAAUGAACAUUAAUAA